GUAUUCAUUUAAAUCCUACCGUUGAACACGAAAAAAAAGUAGCGUAAUAGUUUUAAAUUGGGUUAAGCAUUAAGAAAACGAAUUUUGUAAAUAUUAAACUUACUCUUGGCUCUCGGAACCUUUUUUACGAAUAUUUUAAAGAUGGCGCAAGUGGAAGUGCCGAGAAAUUUCAAAUUGUUGGAAGAGUUGGAUGCAGGAGAGAAAGGGGCUGGAGAUGGCACCAUCAGCUGGGGUCUGGCUAAAGAUGAUGAUAACACCUUUUCCCAGUGGCAGUGUACCAUCAUAGGCCCAUCACGGACAAAUUUUGAGGGAAGAAUAUAUAACCUGUCCAUACACACAGGAGAAAACUAUCCAAGAGAGAAGCCUACUGUUCGUUUCAACACAAGGGUGAAGAUGACAUGCGUAAAUGAUAAAGGAGAGGUUAGCAGUAAACAUUUGGAUGAACUGAGGAACUGGCAGACAAACUCUUCAAUAAAGAACGUUCUUAUGGGUAUACGUAGAGCUAUGUCCCUUAAAGAAAACAAACUGUCACAGCCGCCAGAUGGCGUUUUCUCGUAGAUGUGAACACAUUUUAGCUGUCGGGCAUACAAGCUGUGUAGCCGAAGUGGAGGGCUAGGAAUGGGUCAUGUCACUUUCUAUGUCAUGCAAAAGUCACUUAUUACGGUUCGAAGACUUUACCUGUAGUACUGUAUUUUAAUUUAUAUGCAUAUCUUGUGCGUUUUUCUUUUCUCAAUUGUGAAUUUGGUUUAGAUUUAUGUGUAUAGUUAUACCAAACUAUGUUCUUGCUAACUUGAGUAGCCAUUAUCAAUUGGACAAAUAGUUAUACAUCUGCUUUUAGGCCUAUAGACAUCAGUUUGGACAAACAAAAACACACACACUAACAGUGCAUGCCUGUAAUAAUGUUUGCAUUGUAAUGUUAUACAUGAAUCUGCUGAUUGUGUCCAUUUGUUUAUAACCAAUUAUUCAUUUUAUGAUUCUAUAAAAAUAUUACUGUUGUAAUCAAAGCAAUAUAACAAUACAAGGCUUCAAUUCCAUGUGCAUUUCUAGCCUUUAUUUAAUACUUCUCUCUCUCUUUCUUCUCUGAAUAUUCCACUUUUUUAGCACCAGUUCGCUAAUGAAUUGUUAUCCCGUUCCCAAGCAGAAGCAAAGUGAAAAUGGCUACACGUAUAUGCAAACAGCAUUAAACCAGUACAGCCUGUAAAAAACUUGCAGUCUGUUCAGGUUUUAUGCUGUUUGCUGCUAAUGCAAGUAUCUUAUGCUUGGAAAUGAAUCCUUAAAAACUAGAAAGAAAGGUCUUUAAUUACAUUUAACUUUCUAAUGGACUACAAAUGGGUCAAAAUAUGUAUCUUAGUGGUAAAGGGUUAAUUGAACAAGUCUGGAAAAAGAUCUUGGCUAUUAGUGGAUAAGUAUAACCUGUAGUAUAUUUUGUAAUGAUUUUUUCCUUCUAUAACACAUUUUCUGUGAUAUUUUAAGUGCUGGUCAGAUAAGAGAAUGUACAUGUACAAGGAAAACUGCUUGAAAAAAGUGAUUUGAAAGAAGCACACUCAGUUUGUCAUGUCUGUCUUGUUAGUUUUGAAGUCAAGUUUCUGUAUUUAAUGUCCAAAAAACUCCAUGUUAAUACAUCACUAACAUAAAGAUAGUAAACACAACAAGGUUAAGGCUCAAGAAAUUCUAUUUGUAAAUAUUUCUGUCCAAAAUUUUAGGAUGUGUUGUUAAAUGGUCAUUUUGCUCUGAUACACAUGAUAACAACUAGAUACGACACAUUAUAUUCUGCUAUUAUUUGAAUAAAAGUGCAUAAUCUUCAA